AUGCUUUAAUUAAUUAACCUUGUUUAUGUUUUAAAGUUAACCGUAUGAAAGUAGAUCUAGACUCAAUACUAGACUAGUUUUAAACAGCAAGCCAUGUCUAUUAAAUACUCAAAAAGAGUCUACGGAAAUGCACAAAGGAAAAAAGACGCGUUUAGUAAAAUAGCAGAAGAUAGCCCAGAACACAUAUUUAGCAGCAGCGGUAACAACUCAUCUUGCGGCAGUGAUAGAAUAUUGGCCUACCCAGAGGAAGUUAAAAAGCCACUCAGGUGUAAAAGGAAUUAUUCCAAAAAGAUAAAAUUCGUCCAGCAGCCAGAAGUAUCACUGGACCAAAGUCGUGUUUCAAAUUGUACAAGAAAUGGUGAACACUCACUGGACACUGACCACAUGUUAUUUAGUGAUAAUAAAAGUUACACUAAAAGGAAAGGUCGAAAGCCAUUGAAAGAAAUCAAUUCCUUCACGACAAACAAAUCAGAGAAGAAAGCUAUAAAAACCACUAGAAGAAAAAAGGUCACAGAGCAAUGCCUAAAUGAAAAUUCAGCAGAAUUUCCAACUAAUUUACCAGACUUUGAAGACAUAGACAAAGAUGAACUAGUCAUAGAUGUGGAAAAAUAUUCAGAUGCAAUCAAGUGCAGUACGCCAAUCGGCUUGUCUUUAAAAGCAAAGAUUUGUGACAGUAUCCACAGAAACUCCAGUCCUAUGCAACAUAAAGUGCACCAUGAAAUGUCCAUGAUUUUACACGAUGUUGAGAAUCUGGGCAAUAUUACAGCAGAGGAGUGUUCUGAAAUAAGCCAAGUCAAAAUAGAUGUUUCAAAUAUUACGUCCAGGCGGCCUAAAAAUAAAAAGCCAAAGUCUUGUAUGAGAAGAUCGGUAGACAAAGUUUCUUCAGAUUCUGGCAAUUUGUCUGAAGAGAAAGGAAUCAACAGCAUAGAGUCACCUUCACCUAGUUUCUGCAAUGUUUUAAAAAAUAUCACAUCCACCUUAAGUCCCAGAUCCCCAAGUGAAGAAUCUGGUUCCUUUUCUGAAUCAUCAAUAACAGACUCCCUUUCUUGCUUGACACGGUCAUUAAGUGCUUUGGGGAUAAGUGGCAACAAUGCGUCCUUGUUCAAUAAAACCAGUUCGCCUGUCAUCACAUAUUCAAAAACAGGCCGGCAUAAAAUGUUGUCACUGCCAGUUUCUGAUAAUUCCAGGGAUUUAUUUGAAGGUUCUGUGAAUGCUUCGAAUUUGUCUCAAAUUGAAGAGUGUAGCGAAGUUGAGGUAAAUGAUGUUAUACCAGAAGAGGAAGAGGAAGAGGAGGAGGAGGAGGAAGAAGAAGAUGAUAGUGAUGAAGAUGAAAGUAACUUGACACUUGAAGAUGAAGAAAUUCUCUCAGAUACUGAGAAAAGUUUGCAGCAUUAUUCUUAUAUAAGUACAGAAUCAUUUUCUCAAAAGCUGCUUCAUUCUUCACUGUGUCCAGAGAUAGAAGUAACACCUGAAGAAAAGAUUUUAGAAGUUUGUGGUCAAGAGGAACCAAUUAGUUUUACCCACAGUAUUCCUUCCAGAAUGCUGAGUAAAUGUAUGAAGAUAGGAGAAGGUGUUUAUGGAGAAGUAUUCAGGUCCUGCUCUAAUGGACAGUCUGUUGCUUUAAAGAUCAUUCCAAUAGAAGGAGAUGUAAUUGUUAAUGAGUGUCCACAAAAGAAGUUUGAGGAAAUCCUCCCAGAAAUGGUUAUUGCUCAAGAACUAAGUGGUUUAGCAUUAGGUGAGACAAAUCAAACUGAAAACUUUUGUCAAGUAAACAAAAUUUCAUACGUGAAAGGGAAAUUCCCAGAGAAGCUGCUGGAACAGUGGGAUCUGUAUGCAGAGAAGAAAUGUUCAGAGAACGACAGACCAGACAUGUUUACAAACGAUCAACUGUUUAUUGUGUUUGAAUUUGUGGAUGCCGGGUGUGCUUUAGAAAAAUAUAAGUUUUCCAACCAAAGAGAGGCAUACAGUGUUCUGCGACAAGUUGUCUUCGCUCUAGCAGUAGCAGAAGAAGCGCUAGAGUUUGAACAUCGAGAUCUUCACAUUGGAAACGUUCUAGUCCGCCCCUGUAAAGAAGAGACAGUCAAGUUUAAGUUAAAGGGUGAAAGCUAUGAGUUUCCAACAGAGGGUGUCAUGGCUACAAUUAUUGACUUCACAAUUUCACGUUUACAGAAAGAUGGAUGUGCAGUUUUCUGUGACAUCUCAACAGAUGAGGGCUUGUUUGAAGGAACAGGUGACUUUCAGUUUGAUGUGUAUAGGGACAUGCGGAAAGAAAAUGGGAACAACUGGGAAGUGUUCAGUCCCCACUCAAACAUUCUGUGGGCCAAUUAUUUGUGCAAGAAACUGGUCAUGACCAUAAAGUACAAACAGAACAGUCGGCAGCACACAGACAUCAAAAGGCAUCUGCGGUGUAUGGUCGACCAGAUUUUGGACUAUUCCUCAUGCCUGCAUUUGGCAGAAGACAGUAAUACUUGGGCAUUGUGAGUUUGGUCAGACGCAUGUUUGUGUGAGGGGUGGGGAUUGGGUGGGUGGAAAAGUUUAAAUGUAUGGUUAGUCAUAGUUGAUGUGAAGUCAGGGAUGUAUUGAAAAUAGGAGGAUGGCUCAAUGAUAUAUAUGCCUGAUUGUUUUGUUUGAGAAUGGUAACAAGGGAGUCUCUUGGUGAUUUUGUAUUGUUUUAAACUCCUUAAUUGUUGAGAACAAAAUCAUUGCAUUUAUUAUGCUGUCUUAGGCAGUGGUUUCCAAACUGGAAAGUGUGUCCCCUUUGUGAAGGGAUCCACGAUUUUUUAACAAAAAUGUUCCUUAUUAAAAUACACAGAUGUAUAUAAUCUUUUUGUAAGUUUAGACAAAUUACAAUGUUGAAAAUCUGUUAUACAUCGAAUAUUCAAUUUUUUUUAGUUACUUCCCAUACAUAAAAAUAAUUUUUAAAAAUCAAAACUUUUAAAAAUUCAGAGAAAUUCAAUAUUAACAACAGUAGUAAUAAAAAAUGAAUUAGGUUUGUAAAAAUGUGAAUAAUAAAUUCAUUUAAUGACUUUUCUAAUAUUUUAACAGGAACAAUGAUUUUUACUUAUAAAAUGCAAUAUUUUUUAAUUUUACCAAAAUAUGUUGACACUAUUUGUUAUUCAAAUAUUAUAAUAUUGGCAGAAAAGCAUACAAGUACAUGCACAGUUUUAUACCUUCUCUCUUCUAAAGAGCUUUAUAAAUAAUGUUGCAUGUUGGCCCAAAGUAUUCUUUUUGUCCUUGCAAUUCUAUCGUUCAAUUUAUCUUCUUAUAUCUAGUAUAGCUCCGGAACUUAAAAUUAUAUAAAAAGUGUGAUAGGGCUUGGUAGGUGACAAGAUUUAUGGCUUUUAGAGGGCAGCCACAGUAACAAUGUUUGGAACUGGUUUUGUAUGUUAUGUAAAUAAUUUUUUUCUCUCAGAAUCUACAUGAUGUAAUUUAGUUUUGAUGAAGAAAAAUGAAAUGUGUUCACAAAUUAUUUUAAAGAAACAAACAUUUUGUGCAUUGCUGAAAAAAACAAACUUAGCUAGGUUGUUCUAGUACUAUAUAAUGUUCGUCUCAUUCUAAUAAAUUAAAAUAUGUAAAGAAAUGUUCGAAGCAAUAUUAAGCAUCAUUUAAAAACUUGGUUGCUUCCCUUUGUAUGUGUUCCUCUGUAUUCGCACUAUUGGCACAAAUUUGUAAUGUUUUUUUUUUGUCUCUAGUUUUUUAAGUAAAUCAUUGCUUUAUUGCAAAUAAUACAAUAAUGUUAUAUUUAACCUAAAUGAGAUUGCAAUUUCAUUUAAAAAACUGGGAAUCACAGUAUUACUGUUGCAUGUUUUUUAUAAAUGAUAAAAUGAAUGCUUGCUGUGUUGCUGAUCUUAAUUUAGUAUUAAUUGACAACAAUGUUAUGGUAAGUUGGUGUAUAUGUCUGACAGAUAUUUUUUUGUGUUGAAUAAUUGUUGAUUGCCCAUUUUGACUGUAAUAAAGCAGAAUUUUUUAAACAGUAUCUUGAAAGAUUUGAUUAUGAAUUUCCAAUCACAUAUUUAUUUACAUUUAUUAUGUAAACAAAAAAAAUAAUCCCAUUGAUGUUUUACAUUGCUUUGUUUAUUUACAUCUCUGGAGAUGUUUAAUUGAUAUUUUUGACUACACAUGUUCUUAAGUUAA